AUGUGCAACUUAAUAGGUGGUGUGAUCACCACGGUGGUGGGACUCGUGCUGGUGGGAUUCAGCUGCUAUCUAAGCUUCGGACUGAUUCCUAAUAUUGUCGACGACAUUAUUAAAAGCGAAGUGCAGCUCAUAAAUGAAACUGAACAAAUGGACAGAUUCGAAGAGGUACCAUUCGCGCUUACUUUUAAAGUGCGUAUCUUCAACAUUACUAAUCCUGAUGAAGUACUGGAGGGCGGCGUUCCCGUUCUGAACGAAAUCGGUCCAUAUGUAUAUACGUCGCGCCAACUCAGAGUAAUAGAAGAAAUGGACGAGGAUACGAUCACGUAUAGGCGUAUGGACAUCAUGGAGUUUGAUGAAAAGGCCUCGUACCCGUUCACAAGCGAAGACAGGCUGACCAUCGUAAACGUCGCAUACCACGGUAUUUUACAAACAGCCGAGCGAAUGUUCCCAAAUCUGAUGGGAGCUAUGGCAGCUGCUCUGAAUGGUAUCUUUGGAGAAAAUAACGGGCCCAUCAUGACUGUGCGAGUCGGGGAUCUGUUGUUUGAUGGAAUCCCUAUAUGUAAGAAUCCAGGUCUCAUCGGAGGUAUAGCGUGCAUGCAGAUCAAGUCUUUGGCCGCUAACGUGAGGAAUAUGGAAGAAAAAGAAGAUGGCUCCUUGGAAUUCUCCCUUCUACGUUACAAAAAUAAGAAUCCUAGCGAUCAAUACGUAGUAAGUCGAGGGUUAACGGACGCCUUGAAUCUAGGCAUUAUAUCCUCCUACAACGGCUCCGCCUACCUCAGCAACUGGAACCUGGAUCCGGAGGUCGAAGGGGGCGAGUCCAAUGUGUGCAACAAGAUCAGAGGGACAGACUCUGGCAUAUUCCCUCCUUUCGUUGACAGGUCGAAGUCUAUCUAUGCUCUUAACAUGGAUAUUUGUAGAAGCGUUGAGCUGCGAUAUGAAGGUGAUACCUCUUUCGAAAGCAUUCCUGCGGCGAGAUUUACAGCCGACGAAUGGUUCCUGGAUAACAAUGAGGGUUGCUUUUGUCUCAACACGACCGCUGGUAUAACAGCUGAGAAUGGGUGCCUGCUGCACGGAGCUAUGGAGCUUUACACCUGUGUCGGUGCUUUCCUGGUCCUGACUUACCCUCAUUUCUUGUACGCGGACUUCAGGUACAGGAACGGUGUCGUUGGUGUCAGCCCGUCAGAACAAGAUCACAAGAUUUUUGUUGAAUUGGAACCCCGCACGGGGACAGUUAUUCGUGGCAUGAAACGGGCGCAGUUCAACAUAUUCAUGCGUCAAAUCACUUCGAUACCUGCGACGCAAAAUUUACGGACUACGCUCACCCCCCUCAUUUGGGUGGAGGAGGGAAUGUCACUACCCGAUGAGUACGUGAACAUGUUGAAGACACGAUUGCUUCAGAGACUGAGGCUUGUGGAUAUCCUCAUACCUACUAUCAUUGCCGUAUGUUGCCUGGUGGUAGUCAUCGGCGUGGCCCUAUUAAUCCGUGUUAGGACAGUAAGAAAGAAAGGCGACGUUACUAACGGUAGAGAGAUAAUACGACCUGCGACGUGA